CUCACCAUCCCCUUCCCCAUCCGCACACCCAGCCCUCUCCCAACCCAUUCUCCAUCGCGAUACCCACCAGCCCCUUCUCCAUCUCCACCUCCACCCCUUCCCUAUCUCCACCUCCACCCCUUCCCCAUCCCAUCCCCGUCCCGCUCUGGUCUGGGGACAGAGGAGCACAACCAGAGGUCCCCAGCCCAGCAGCACCCAGCAGACACCGACCACACCCCCCUGACCCCCACCACCACCUGGGGUGUGGGUCCACGCUCACCUCGGCGGGCUGCCCAGCCCCCACCACGAUGA